AUUUACAAAAUGUUUGAUUAGGUACUUUAAUAGUUUGAAUAUGUUACAAUUACCAACAUAACGGUACAAAAUAACGGUAGCUAGUACUUCUCUUGAAAACGUCAGUAGCAAUUGACAUCAUGGCUGAGAAACGUAAGGGAAGGAAGCGUAAAGAGGAGCUAUACCCCAGCGGGGAUGAGAAACCGGAGAAGCCGGACCCUGAGGAGUACAAGGUGGCAGAGUGGAUGAAGAAGAACCUCCCCACCAAAAAGACCAAGUUCCUUAGUCAUAAUGUUGAAUACUUCACUGGUUCCAAGGGAGUUGAUGCCUUGAUGGAGUCCAAAUGGGGCAAGCCAUUGAAGGAAGGUGAGGAUCCUCUCUUCCUGACCAGGAUGGAUGCAGUGGAGUUUCUGGAUAAAAUGUUGAGGCACAAAUUCUUUCAUCGGGCAAAGAAAAUACCUGUGUCAGAACAGGAGCUGAAGGCGAAAAUGAAGAAGAAGGUGAAAAAGGAUGAUAAAAAAGAAGAUGAGAAAAGUGAGGAGAAAAAAAAGAAGGAGGAGGAAGCAGCUGAAAGUAGUCAUGCCGAGGGGAAAGAGGGAACACAACAGGAUGACCGAGAGAAGAAGAAAAAGAAGAUUAGGCUGGAAAUGCACUUGGAACAGUUUUUCCACGACGGGUUGGAUGCUUACGUGUGGAUAUACGACCCGAUACCGUUCUACUACUGGCUGUUCGGAGCACUCGUUGUGCUGGGAGCCAUAGCGAUCUGCAUGUUCCCGUUGUGGCCUCCAUCUGUCAGGAUGGGAGUGUAUUACCUGAGCGUGGCCGCCGCUGGUUUCCUAAUGUUCAUCAUCGCCUUGGCCAUCAUCCGACUGAUCGUCUUCUGCCUGCUGUGGAUGCUCACUGUGGGACAACACCACCUCUGGCUCUUCCCCAACCUGACUGAGGAUGUGGGCUUCUUCGCAUCCUUCUGGCCUCUCUAUCAGUACGAGUACAAAGGAGGUGAGAAAAAGCCCAGUAAGAAAAAGAAAAAGGAUAAAGAUUCUGAUAAUGAAGAAGAAGACAAGACCGAGAAGGAAGACGAAGAAGAUGAUGAUGCAGAAGAAGGAGAAGAUAUGGAGGAAGAUAGAAGUCAAGGGGAAGAUGAAAACAGCGCAGAGUCAAAACUUGAUGAUGAAAGGGGUGCAGGGACUGACAGAGACAGAGACUCGGAGACAGAGUCGGAAGGCAGCAGCCAGCAGUCUCAGACUGGCAAAGACUUUGAGAUGGUGGACAAAGACGAGGUCAAGGAUUCUUAACACAGAGAGCCUACCAGCUGUAUAGACAACAGGCAGUCCACCACAUAUCAACCACUGAGGUUUCUCAUUUCUUCUCUCCGGCCAAGGCCACGGCUGUCUUGUACAUUUUAACAUUCGAACAACACUACUUAUUGAUAACAACAAGUUUUUCAUUUUUUAAGGCAUUUCUAUUGUGUAAUUUAGCUCUGAAUUUCUCGGGAAUCAACAAUCACUAAUGGAGACGAUUUUUUAUAAAUUAUUCUUUGUUUUCGAAGCAGCAGAUGUUUUUAUUUUCUUUAAUUACUUUGUGACUGAUGUGUUUUUUAGUAGUAGUUAAAAAUUUACUUUUUGUUGGAAAGUGAUCUGUGUAAUUAGGCUUGAAAUAUGCUUUGCAAUAUAAUAAAUAUAUUUGAAAAUCAUUGGAUUAAUUAUGUAAUUAGAUCGAAUUCAGCUCAAUUUAUAGUUGUUGUUGUUUGACUACAUCAAAUUUCCAUCACUUCCCUGGUUAUAUUACGCAGAAAUAAAUAUUAAAAUAAUGUUUGUUCUUCCUAUGUACUUUUGAAAAAUAAUUGGUUACAUUUAAUUUUAUAGGAAAAUGUAUUAUUCUCUGCUGACAUGUUGGUUGACAAUUUUAAUAAGUUUUGGGAAUAUCAAUAAUAACGUAACUGGGAACCAUUUAUAACGACUGCCAUGACAGUCACGUUCAUCUUGUGUCAAUUACAGAUUUUUUUAACAUCAGGCUUUUCAAACAUUAACCCUCUGAGCAGUAACAACCCAACAUUCAUGUCGUCGCGCUACAAUUCACCCGCGUAUCGACGGCCACGAAUACGGGCGAUCCCACUUUGCGUUCAACUGCCUGUGUUGAAACAGAACGUUGUCGUCUGAUCCAAAUACGUUUUUGAGGUUACUACUGUAAAUGUUUUCAUUUUUACUGUGGUUUAGUUGGUAUGGUAGGAAUUAUUUGUAAUAAAAAAUUAUUUUUUUAAUUGGUUAAAGGAUAUUUUUCGUAGAAAAAAUUAUUGUUUCCGAAGUUUUUUUUUUUUGUAGUAACGCCAAAUAAAUUGUCAAUAUAGUGAAAACAAAUGAUUUAACAAUUUUUUAAAAAUUGCUUUUUGGGGCAAGGCAGGUGUUUGGAAAGUCACUACUCAAAGGGUUGAGAGGUAUACAUUUUCGGUAAUGAAACUAAUCCUCGUUGACUUCAAUUUCAUUAGUAUUAACUAAAUAAUCAUAGUUUUCUUCAAAUAAUUUAACUAUUAUGGGACCAUUCUAAUUUCCUGUUUUGUUUGUUGAUUCCCUGCCUGCAUUUUCAUGCCUAGAAACAUGUAUUUAUUAUUGAUUAUUAUAUUUGUGGUAGGAACUCCACAAUCUAAGCUCGUAGGCUCUGUAGCGGUGCCAUUGUAAUCUGCAAUGUUGCAAUUAUUUAUUACUCUUACUAUUACAACAUAGAUUAGGUUAUGUUUUCUUUACCAAAGCACAAAUUUCUCUUCACAGAGGCCGAAAUAGUCAUUCGGUUUUGAAUUAGUAUUUUAUUGAAAAGCAAUUUUUUACAGAAGCUCGAUCUAAAUAAAUAAUUUAAUCUAAAUGUUUACUUUUAGACUAUGAAUCUGGUGUUUCUGAAACGUUAUGAAACAGGUUUGUGUUUGUUUAUUUGAUGACUGAACCAGAAAUUAGAAUAUAAUUUGGAAUCCAAAAUCGUUUUUCCCUUUCUAUUUUCCUAACAAUCACCAACUUGAAUUGUUAUCGCGUUGGAAGGCCAACCAACGACAUCGUAUCACAUGCAUUUUUAUAUUCAUUGAAUGUAGUUGAUAAAAACACAAAAAAUAGUAAAUUUAUGUCUGACCAAUUUGUGAUACAUUGUUUAUGUUUUUGCUCAAUUGUGAUUUUAAAUAAUGUUAACCCUUUGAAUGCCAACGUCCAAUUUUACUGGAUGUUCAGGAAAAAUAUCACUAAAAUUCAAAAACUUUGUUUUUUAACUAACAUCAUAUUAAAUUGUUAAUGAAGAACUGUUCUUUUUAAAAUAAAUUGUUAUUGUACACUUCCGAUCAAUUGAAUUUAACGAAAAUCAGUCUAGAACUCACGUAUAAACAUUUUUUGUUGACAUGGCUACCGGAAACAAUGUGAUAUUAGUUUCUUAAAAAUUGUAUAACUCACUCAUUAAUGAAGAUAAUGAUAUACUUUUUUCAAGAUUUAAAGUCAAUUGAAUACCCUACAAUGAUAUGUAUGGAUAAAGAAAAAGAUAUGAAUGAUAAUUUGGUUGAAAAAUGAAAUUUAAAUAAAUUUUGGAAUUUUUUUAGGCAAGUCCAUUUUUGGUAUUCCUAAAUUUAUUUUAAAAUGGUAACUUUGUUAUUCUAUGUUAGAUAGCCAAGAGUUUUCAGAGAAAAAAAAAAUGUUGAUAGCUUAUUAAACAAUCAAACUGUGGAACCUUUUACUGAAACCUUGCAAAAGGACUUCAAUGGCAUUUUUCAGUACACCCACUCAAUAAAUACUUGGCACUCAAAGGGUUAAAUGUUAGUGUAAACAUUUUUUGACAAAACAAAAUUACACACAGAAAUUUGGUGCAGAUUAAGUGCUGUAAAGAAUAUGCUCGUAUAGUCUCAUUGAAUUCGGAUGGUAGAACAGACUUUUUUGAUUGCGGAUUUUUGGUCCGUACAGUAGGCUAUUGGCCUAGGCCUCUUAAUUCUCAAUUACGAGCAAUGAUUGAAAAACAGUCAUUACUACAUUCUAAUCAGUUCUGUUUCACUAAUUUAAAAACGUGAAUGAACCAGAAUACUCAGAUUAUUGCUAAAAACACUAAAGUUGCUCUUUGUUACUUGUGUAGAUGAAAAUUAAUAAAUUAUAAACUAAUUAAUGAUCAGUAUAAUAAUUUAGUACUUAAAAUUUUCUAUUAUCAAUUGGUGAUGCAACGGAUUUUAGCAGGAAAAUAGUUUUAACAAAAUAAAAAUGUUCUUUUAUCAGAAUCGUACGGUUUCAAAUUUUCUUGCCUCUUCUUAACAAUAUUCUUCUUUCGUGACCUGCUGAUAGAAUUUCUAUUGUUUUGUCUACAAGUGACAAAUAAUAAAUAAUUGAAUGGACAUUAUAUGUCGAACAUCCGGUUUCUGUCUUUCAUUUUGUAGUGAAUAUUUUAUAGAAUAACAAUAAAUGUUGUAUUUUAAAUAGUGGAUUUAAUAAUGAAAAAUUACAGUUGUGUAGAUAAAUAAAAGUGAUUGUAUAACCUUAUUGCCAUUGGUAUAACAGUGAGAUAAAAUAUUGAGUUUUAGAAAACUAAAAAUUGUAGUUUUUACAUUAGGAGUUAAUUUAAAAAAAAUUAAUAUAAAAAUAAUGCAUUUUGAAUUGAAGUAAUUAGACAAGAUUGCAUUUAAGUAAUAAACGUGUUAUUUUUUCCAGUGUACGAAUGUUGUACUAAUAUUUUUUAUGGGUGUUGAAAUAAUAAUUUUUCUGUGUCAUUUUUCUACUUUUCUUAAUUUCCCCCAUAAUACUGAAAAAUGUCUAUUCAUUUCAACUUUUAUACACAGUUUAUGGAUAAUUAGUUGGAACACAGAAUUCAAUGAAAGAAAUCAUAGACAGACAUAUUUUAUAUAAUCGAUAUUGUAUAGCUAAUGUUAAUUAUUGGUUUAUUUAUAUAUACAAGUGUAAGGAGGUGCUGUGAAAUGUGUUUUGUUUCAUUCCUAAUGAAAUAUAGUUUGUUUAAAUAGUC